GGAACUGGAUUGAGAAACAAAAAUAGAAUUUCCCAACAAACUUUCUUAAAAAAAACAUUGAACUAUAAAUUAAUAAUAAUAUAAGUGAUGUGCUUUGCCCUAAACAGUGUUAGCAAGUGAAAGACAAAACUAUUCAAUAAAUAUGGCGACUAUUUGUUUCCGGCCGCCCCCUUUACCGCCCAAUAAGAAACCGAGUCAUCUGACGAACGCCAAUCGUCAGCGACUCAAACAAAAUUACGGAUUGCUCUCUUCGACGUAUUUGAGUUUCCGCGAUUCGGCCGAUGACGCGAUUUUGAGCGAUAAAGACAUCGAACUGCGAUUUAAAUCCGACAGCGGUACGGGCAAACGCAGCAGGAAAUUGACACAUACAAAUUCUUUAAUCAGAAAAAAGGAAAUACCACUGGUCUUGACUAGAAGUCAAUCGGAUGGCAAUAUCGAUAAACAAGGAACGUCGCCAGUAAGCAUCAAUAGAUACAUGAAGGUUCUAAGUGGAAGCUGGAAAAAUCUACUAAACUGUAAGUUAUAUUAG